AUGCUCACCUGUUUUCCACUCGCAGAUUUCAUGGCCUGUGGCGAUUCGAAAAUGACGGGAUCCUCACUGAACUCAAACGGAUCUAUCACAGGUGGCUUCUCCACUUUUUUCUCCUCCUGCUUCUUGGGCUCCUCUUUAACAGCUGGAGGCACCGCGGGCUCUUGCGGAGGUGGUUCAGGCUCGGAGGAUACCUCAACAGGUGGAGGAGGAGGAGGGGCAGGCAAAGGGCCGUCCUGAACCAGCAUACUGUUAGCCAGAUCGUCUAUCUUGAUAUUGGUGAAAUUGGCAUCUCCCAACAGAUCAUUACCGGCGAUGUGCUGCUGUGAAAGGUCAUGGUGGACAUCUUCGAUGAUGGGAGCAUUGACUGUGGUUGAUGGUUGCGUAGCUGGAGGUUCUUGACUGAUCGCCGUGCUUACCAGUUGUUGGAGUCCAGGUGAUACCUUAUUUGAACAAAUUACUUGCAUAAGUAUCUUAGGAAAACUUCGGAAUGCGGCUAAACCUAGGAGUAACUGAUCAAUGUAUGUACUCGAUUUGUACCUAGUACAUAUAAUAGUAAUGACUAUUUAAUUUUGUGAAGUUUUCG